GAGAACUGGCGCGGCCUGCACACGCUCAACGCUGUGGACAUGGAGCUCUAUACUGGACUCCAGAAGCUGACCAUCAAGAAUUCUGGACUCCGGAGCAUUCAGCCCAGGGCCUUCGCCAAGAACCCCCAUUUGCGCUAUAUAAACCUGUCAAGCAACCGGCUCACCACCCUCUCAUGGCAGCUCUUCCAGACUCUGAGUCUUCGGGAAUUGAGAUUGGAGCAGAACUUCUUCAACUGUAGCUGUGACAUCCGCUGGAUGCAGCUGUGGCAAGAGCAGGGGGAGGCCAGGCUGAAUGCCCAGAGCCUCUACUGUGUCAGCGCCGAUGGCUCGCAGCUGCCCCUCUUCCGUAUGAACAUCAGUCAGUGUGACCUUCCUGAGAUCAGCGUGAGUCAUGUCAACCUGACCGUACGAGAGGGGGAAAAUGCUGUCAUCACUUGCAAUGGCUCUGGGUCGCCACUGCCUGAUGUGGAUUGGAUAGUCACUGGGCUGCAGUCCAUCAACACCCACCAGACAAAUCUGAAUUGGACCAAUGUACAUGCCAUCAACCUGACGCUGGUGAAUGUGACAAGUGAGGAUAAUGGCUUCACCCUGACAUGCAUCGCAGAGAACGUGGUGGGCAUGAGCAAUGCCAGUGUUGCCCUCACUGUCUAUUAUCCCCCACGUGUGGUGAGCCUGGAGGAGCCAGAGCUACGCCUGGAGCACUGCAUCGAGUUUGUGGUGCGGGGCAACCCACCGCCCACGCUGCAUUGGCUACACAAUGGGCAACCUCUGCGUGAGUCCAAGAUCAUUCACGUGGAGUUCUACCAGGAGGGUGAGGUCUCUGAGGGCUGCCUGCUCUUCAACAAGCCUACCCACUACAAUAAUGGCAAUUACACCCUCAUCGCCAAGAACCCGCUGGGCACAGCCAACCAGACCAUCAAUGGCCACUUCCUUAAGGAGCCUUUUCCAGAGAGCACAGAUAUCUUUGACCUCGACCCAGAAGUGAGCCCUACACCUCCUAUCACUGUGACCCAUAAACCAGAGGAAGACACUUUUGGGGUAUCCAUAGCAGUUGGACUUGCUGCUUUUGCCUGUGUCCUGUUGGUGAUUCUCUUCAUCAUGAUCAACAAGUAUGGCCGACGGUCCAAAUUUGGAAUGAAGGGUCCUGUGGCUGUCAUCAGUGGUGAGGAGGACUCAGCCAGCCCACUGCACCACAUCAACCAUGGCAUCACCACUCCCUCCUCUCUGGACGCCGGGCCUGACACUGUGGUCAUCGGUAUGACCCGCAUUCCUGUCAUUGAGAACCCCCAGUACUUCCGUCAGGGACACAACUGCCACAAGCCAGACACAUAUGUGCAGCACAUCAAGAGGCGGGACAUCGUGUUGAAGCGAGAACUGGGGGAGGGGGCCUUUGGAAAGGUCUUCCUGGCCGAGUGCUACAACCUCAGCCCAACCAAGGACAAGAUGCUCGUGGCAGUGAAGGCCCUGAAGGAUCCCACCCUGGCUGCCCGGAAAGAUUUCCAGAGGGAGGCCGAACUGCUCACCAACCUACAGCAUGAGCACAUUGUCAAGUUCUAUGGGGUGUGUGGCGAUGGGGAUCCCCUCAUCAUGGUCUUUGAGUACAUGAAGCAUGGAGACCUGAACAAGUUCCUCAGGGCCCAUGGGCCAGAUGCGAUGAUCCUGGUGGAUGGCCAGCCACGCCAGGCCAAGGGUGAGCUAGGACUCUCCCAAAUGCUUCACAUCGCCAGUCAGAUCGCCUCGGGCAUGGUGUACCUGGCCUCCCAGCAUUUCGUGCACAGGGACCUGGCCACCAGGAACUGCCUGGUUGGAGCCAACCUGCUGGUGAAGAUUGGAGACUUUGGCAUGUCCAGAGAUGUCUACAGCACCGACUACUACAGGGAAGGGCCAUGCCAGAAGGGCCCAUUCAGCGUGUCGUGGCAGCGGCAGAGGCUAGCAGCACCGGCAGCUUCCACACUCUUUAAUCCAUCUGGAAAUGAUUUUUGUAUAUGGUGUGAGGUAGGAGGACAGACCAUGCUUCCCAUCCGCUGGAUGCCCCCUGAAAGCAUCAUGUACCGGAAGUUCACUACGGAGAGUGAUGUGUGGAGCUUCGGGGUGAUCCUUUGGGAGAUCUUCACCUAUGGGAAGCAGCCAUGGUUCCAGCUCUCAAAUACAGAGGUCAUCGAAUGUAUUACCCAAGGUCGUGUCUUGGAGAGGCCCCGAGUCUGCCCCAAAGAAGUAUAUGAUGUCAUGCUGGGGUGCUGGCAGAGGGAACCACAGCAGCGACUGAACAUUAAGGAGAUCUACAAAAUCCUCCAUGCACUGGGGAAGGCCACCCCAAUCUAUCUGGACAUUCUCGGCUAGUGGUGGCUGCUGUUUAAGAAUUUAUACUCCUCUCUCCCUGCCUCACUUCUUCCUUUACCACCUCACAACUCCUUUCUUUCAUCUUUGACUGAAGCGAACAUCUUCAUAUAAACUCAAGUGCCUGCUACACAUACAACACUGAAGAAAAAAAAGAAAGAAAGAAAAAAAAA